GCUUUGACCUUCGACAAUCAAUUGGAUCAACUGAUUGGCCCUUUCAUCUCGACGAUCUGGUGGUACAGAGGCAACUCAAGGCCCAGGAGCCGACCCAUGGCGCCUUGUGGACCAGAUUGUCUUCUUCUUUUCUGUUCUCAUUGUCUUUUCCCUUCUGUUUUCGUUAAGGUUAUUUAAAGUGUCUUUUGGUGAUCGUUUGCUUUCAUCUUUCCCUUUCAUCUUUUGCUCUGCUCUUUUGGAAAAUGUUGAAGCAACAGCUUGUUGACUUGUGGACAUCGCAAUUGAAUCAAUUUGCUUUGUUGGAGGGCAAUGAGAAUGUACUCGAAUCCAUUUCGGUGAUUAACAAAUGCCUUGAAAAUGUUGAUUGUGACAAGAAAAGGUUUUGUGUCAGUUUCAAUGGUGGUAAAGACUGUACGGUUUUACUUCAUUUGGUUUAUUUACUUAUGAUGGACAAAGUCAAACAAAGAGCAGCUUUUAAUCAGACUGAUGAUGUCAAAUUGAUGACCUUGUUGAUUUUGAUGCCUGAUACAUUUCCUGAGCUUGAGGAGUUUAUUAAAAGCUCUGUUGAAAGAUAUAAUCUUGGUUUGGUAACAUUGGAUGGACCCGAUUUCAAGGAAGCUUUGAAAAACUUCAAAGCGGAAUCUUCUGUAAGCCACAUCUUCAUGGGAACAAGAAAAACUGAUCUAGUCAAUUCGAUUUCAUUUUUUGAACCCACCGAUUCCGAUUGGCCUGAAUUCAUUAGAGUUAAUCCUCUACUCAAUUGGUCUUAUCAUCAAAUUUGGAGCUUCCUCCGUUCACUUGAAGUACCUUAUUGUUCACUUUAUGACAAAGGGUACACAUCUUUAGGCACUUCUAAAAACACCAUUUUAAAUCCUAAACUCAAAGACCCUUCAGGAACCGGUUAUUUUCCAGCUUAUAUGUUGAAUGAUGGAAAAGAUGAAAGGCAAGGUCGAUAUAAAUAUUAGAAUGGAAUCAAAAUAGGAAUCUAAAUAUCAAUGAGCUCAUGUCAAUUUGUUGAGCUGAUUAACUAAAUAACUAGUAUACGUUUUCAUGAAUUCGCUGCCUCAAUUUACACUAUUUUCUGCUAAGACAUUGAAUUUCAUUGAAUUCAUUUUGUAUUAACUUUUUAAUAGACUCAAGUUAAUGAAUCCAAAUACAAAAGUCUAAUUUAAUACUUAUCAUUAUGAAUACAAUUAAUAUUAAAAAAUAAUAGUUUAAUUAUUAUCAUUGA